GAAGUUCUUCUCCGUAGAUUGGCACCUUGUCCAGUGCGAAUACUUAAGAUUUCAGAAAAAGACGGAGCGAUCAGAAGUAAAAUCCCAUAGAAAAAGAUGAUUCCUCAGAAGGGAAAGAAAGUAACUUUAGGUCAGCUCGGUGCUUUGUUGACUGGUGGUGGUGGCGGUACAGGUGGUCGUAAGAAGUCAGUUGUCAGAUCUUCUAGUAGUAGUUGUGUACAUGUUGAUAAUGAUAAAAAGAACAACAAAAAGAAGAAAGGAUCAGAGAAGAGCGUGUCCAGCUUGCAGGACAUCUGUCCUCCCCCUAAACCAGCCGUCCUCUGGAAUGAAGAAAUAGCUAAACUGAGCAUUUUACGAAAUCCAUGGCAGAAGGGAAUUUUGGUGAAACAAAAACCGAAGAAAAAAGUGACUAAAUAUUCCAUCAAAAAAUUCAAACCCAAAAAACGAGAAGUUGUGGUUUCGUAUCCAGCUGAGAAAAGUGCUCCGUGUAAACCAUAUAUAGGACAGAGUAACCCUUGUAUCAAAUUUGACAAAGAUGGUCAUAUUGUCCCAUAUUGUAUACUGGGUACGGAGGAGGAGUUUUUCAAACAGAGUAGCAAGAAGGGACAACUCAUUCCAGAGGAUGAAGAAGAUAUAUUAUGUGACGAUAGAGAAUCAAGUGAAUUAUCCGGGUCAGCUACCAGUCAAAUACCACAAUCAGCAUAUUGGGCUCAUGUUGAUGAAAAGAGAGCUUUACUGUUUCACGAGGAGACUCUUGUGGAAAGAAAAAUCAUAAGAAAACGACUAGCAGAGUCUACCAAACGAGAGGAAAGAUAUUUAGUGAUGAGUGAUGAUUUUAGACAACUGAAGGUCGAUAAAAACGUCAUGGUAAAUAAUGAUAAACACAAUUUUUGGGAUACAGAAAAGAAAGAUACAAGAUCUACAGGAUUCUGGAAAUUGUCCUCGUUUCUAAGCCAAGAAAUAGGUGGAUGUCAUUAUACUCUAACCCAAGCUGAACAGGGUUGGCCAAAAUCUCCACAAUUGAUCGGCUUCCCAAUAUGUACUGUUCAAGAAAGAGUAAUGGGCGCAAAAACGAAAAUCCCAACAGUUUACUCUACUCCUGAUACAACCAAACUGUAUAUGAAAGGAACAGCCCAAGGUGGCAGCAUUUGUGUGUCUCCAGGAUGGGAGAAUCUAUUGGAAGACGAGGAAAAAGUUACUGUCAUUACACCAAGAGAAAUAGAUUUUUGGAAUAAACAGUUGUAUGUUAACCCUGAUGGUACUUGGAAAUCAUUCUCAUCAACUGACGAAGAUUCUCGUUGUAAAAUGCCAGUAAUCACAAUAACUGGAGCUUAUAAUUACGGCCCAAGGAUUAGAUUAUGUGGUCAAGCGGCUAAAUGGUAUCCUAAGAAUAUAAACGGUGGUACUGUUCAUGCAGAAGCUGGAGAAAUUGGACCAAUCAACAACAUCAUCUCUUUCAAUGUUACCUUGGUUAAUUGUGGUUCUACUGUUUUAUACUACGAAUGGCAGAAAAGAGAUAAGGAAAGACCAUUUGGAAUCCUCAGACCAUCAAAAGAAAGUUUUUACUUCAAUGAUCAUACAGGCACUUUAGUUCAGGGAGAGAGAAAAACAAUCCCGUGUAUGUUUAAAAGUCCCACGGCUGGUUCUUUCUCUGAACAAUGGACAUUGUUUACCAAACCAAAUCUUUGUGGACAGGGAGAAAUAAUACUAACAUUGUGGGGUCUGGCUACAACUGAAGAUGUUGAUAUUUACAAUCGAAAGUCCGUUGACGAACACCUAUCAGAAAAGAUGAAAGAAACGGCCAUCAAGUUUACUAUUGAAAGUAUUUUAGAACGUGUCUGUACACCAAGUGAUUUGUAUACUGAUCGUAAUAUACCACCUACAGGAUCAGAUUUGUUUCAAUAUAAAAACAGGUUGCCAUACAACAGUGUCAAUGUCCAUGAUAUACUUCAAUUAGCUAAUAUUGUUGACUCAUCUCACAGAUUUACUACAUAUAAUAUUUCAAUAAAAAGAUUAAAUAAAUUAAUCAGAAGAAAGGAGAUGGUAGAUGAUUUGUUGAAUGAAGAUGAUCCCGAUAAUCCUAUUGUCUUAGAAUUAGGACAGGAAUCGCUAUUAAAGGAACUAAAUACAAUAAUUAGUAAAUUAUCAUUCCCUUCCUUCAUACCAUCAUUAGAUCGUAAAUCUGAGAUAUGUCGUGGAAUGUUGAGCAAUUCUGUUGAUAAAUUUGUUGAUGUUAGUCAGAAGUUGAAGGAGAUGUAUGGUGUUAAAAUUGAAAAGGUUAUACAAUGUAAAGAAAAUGUAAAUGAACCGACAGUAAAGAAAUCAGCAAAAGAAGGAAAAGAAAAGAAAGGAUCAAGUCCUAGUAGAAAUGAGAAACAUGGUAGUAAAGGAAGUAAGGUACAUGUUACAGAGAAACACCACAGUGCAGCCACCCGUCGUCCAACGCUGACUGAGAUUAUAUAUAUUUUAAAAGAGGAUCCCGAAAUUUACAGAAGAUAUUGUGAUAAACUUUAUAUUGCUUGUCAGGUGAUAAUGGUGGAGUUAGCAGAUAACAUAGAAAAACAUUUUUCUUGUUUAAACUAAAACAUUAAUACAUUUUAUUAUUGCUGAUAUUUAGUGGAAUAAACUUUAAAAUUUGAAA